GGCGGGCAGGCGCGGGGCCGGAAGUGCGAGGCCCCGGGGGAGCGCCGCCGUCCGGAGGGAGCCGCCGGGCCGAGCGAGCCAGCAGCGGCCGGGCGCCGGCGACAUGCCUCUGUUCACCGCCAACCCCUUCGAGCAAGACGUGGAGAAAGCCACAAAUGAAUACAACACGACAGAAGAUUGGAGUCUUAUUAUGGACAUAUGUGACAAAGUUGGGAGCACCCCGAAUGGAGCUAAAGAUUGCCUCAAAGCCAUAAUGAAAAGGGUUAAUCAUAAGGUUCCUCAUGUUGCUCUGCAGGCAUUGACUCUUCUUGGGGCUUGUGUGGCAAACUGUGGAAAGAUAUUUCAUUUGGAAGUAUGCUCCCGUGAUUUUGCAACAGAAGUGCGUGCUGUGAUAAAAAAUAAGGCUCAUCCUAAAGUAUGUGACAAAAUAAAAUCUUUAAUGGUGGAGUGGUCUGAGGAAUUUCAGAAGGACCCACAGUUUAGUCUCAUAUCUGCAACUAUUAAAUCAAUGAAAGAAGAAGGAAUUACUUUUCCUCCAGUAGCUUCUCAGACUGCUUCAGCUGCUGCCAAGAACGGUACAUCAUCGAGCAAAAACAAAGAAGAUGAAGACAUAGCUAAAGCUAUUGAAUUAUCAUUGCAAGAGCAGAAGCAGCAGCACACAGAAACAAAACCAUUAUAUCCAUCUGCAGAAAUUCAGUUAAAUAAUAAGGUUGCGAGGAAAGUCAGAGCUUUAUAUGAUUUUGAAGCCGUUGAGGACAAUGAACUCACCUUUAAACAUGGUGAAAUCAUUAUUGUUUUGGAUGACAGUGAUGCCAAUUGGUGGAAAGGAGAAAAUCAUAGAGGAAUAGGACUCUUCCCAUCUAAUUUUGUAACAGCUAAUUUAAACAUGGAGUCUGAGGCAGCAGCUAUGGACAAAUUGAGUGAAACUGAUGAUGAGGAGGAGGAGGAAGAGGAUGAAGAGGAGGAGGAGGAAGAGGAGGAAACUAAGAACUUGGAGUCUGUGCCUGUUUAUAUAGAUGAGGGUAAAAUGGACAGAACCUUGCAGGAACUCCAGAGCAUAGACCCGACAGAUGCGACGCCUGACUCCCAAGACCUCUUGGACCUAGAAGCUCUCUGCCAGCAGAUGGGUCCAAUGAUAGAUGAAAAACUUGAAGAGAUUGAUAGGAAGCAUUCUGAACUGUCUGAAUUGAAUGUAAAAGUCAUGGAAGCUCUGGAACUAUACAACAAAUUGAUGAAUGAGGCGCCAGUCUAUUCAGUCUAUUCAAAGCUUCACCCCGCAGCGCACUACCCACCUUCCUCAGCUGGAGUUCCAAUGCAGACAUACCAAGUUCAACCACCUGGUGGGAAUUACUUGGGCCAGAACAUCCACCAAGUCGCGGUUGCCCAGGGCUACAGCCUCGUACCAGAUCAGAUCGGCCCGCUGAGAUCCUUGCCUCCCAAUGUGAGUUCCUCAGUGACCGCACAGCCUGUCCAAAGUCCAUAUUUAAGCACUGGACAAGAUACUGUUUCCAAUCCCGCUUACAUGAACCAGAACUCUAACCUGCAGGCAGCCACUGGGACAGCUGCCUACGUACAGCAGAUGGGGGUGUCUGUGGAUCUGUCCUCUUACCAGAACACUGCUUCUGCCCUGCCGCAGCUGGCCAGCUUCCCUGUGGCAGUCCCAACCCCUUCCGCUGCACAGCCGCCGACAAGCUACCAUCAGCAGCCUCUCCUCUAGAAGCAGACCAAGUCGUCAGCAGCCUCUCCUCUAGAAGCAGACCGAGUAAUUCCUUGAAAGCCUUCAUAAGUGUAUUAUUCAAAUCUUGUGAUUCUAAUCUGAACAUAAUAAAAGGACCAAAAAAAAAAAAACUUUUUCUCAAUUCAAAAGGAACACGAAUAAAGCACAAAGGCUUAUCUUAUUCCCCUAGACCAUCAAAGUUUUGUUUUCGGUCCAAUUUGUUUGAAGUCACACUUUUGAUCGGAGGCUACUUCAAGUCAUUGGCAUUUAGCUUUGUCUUUAAAAAUCUGUCUACACAGAUACGGACACCUAGUAAGUAGCCUUAUGACACUAAGUAACCGUGGAACAACAGUGCUAGAGUUUUACUUUGAAGAAACUGCCAUCUCCCCUAAAACAUUGUGAUAAUUGGGAGAGCAGUGGGACCUUUACCAAAAGAAUAAUUUUUUUUUUUGCCUGCAUUCUUUUCUCCAGCGUUUUCCACACACUAUUAUUUUAAGCAGCCUAAAUCUUUUUUGUGUUAGCAUUUAGCUUGUCAACACAUUUCCUUUUGGCUCCUUCAAUUACAGUCGUGUUCGCAGUACCAUCAGUUUUGCUCUCGGUGUUAUGUUGAGUAAUAAUUAGCAUAUAAUUGUCUACAAGAGCAAGAACAAUUUGGAAAGAACAAAACUGUUUUGAGUUGUUAACCUCAACCAUGUAAGUGCAGAUGUUACCAAAAAAAAAAAUAAUAAAGCACUUAGCUAAUCCCCCACUCUAGCCAACUGCGGGCCAAGGAUUGCUCCACAAAACAGCUUCCUUUCCUAGAGGAAAGUCUUUCUGCUCCUUCAAGGGUCCCUGGCAUUUAGAACUAACCACUAGUGACUUUUCCCAGUAGCACUGCUCACUCGUUAUCUAGUGAAUACAGGGCCCGUCUGCUCUCUGUGGUGCGGUGUGCAGAGGCACCACCUGCCUCCUUACAGUAGGUUAUAUGUAAACUGGAGCCAUGUGAUACUCCAGGUACUUCAAUGUGAUAUGUACCAGGCAGCGCUGGUCGGUGAUCAGGUGCCCUUGGCACACUUGGCUGUUCCUUUCCCGGACAGUCCUGAGGCUGUGGAAUAAUAAAUGGCAGGCAGUGGGUCAGUGGAAGGCACUGCAUUGAUAGCAGGCUAAUCAAGACAGGUUUUCUGAAGCAAGCCUGUGGAAGUUAGUAUGCAGUGCUAAUGAUUCCCACAGAAAAUGUAGGGAGCUCGGGAGAACACCAGUGGGGUUGCAGACUUUUAUCAACCUACCAGCUUUUUAGGUGAAACAAAAUCGAAAACGGGGGCCCUUUGGGGGCAGGCAGUGGCACGCCUGGUUGAGCACACGCAUUAGAAAAUGCAGACGCUUACGCAUAACAUAGAUACCUAGACCGGAAAAGCAAUGGCCAUGGGUUUAGUUUUCCCAGAGUUACUUGCACAAAAAUUUCUAUUAUUGUUUUUUAAAAGAAAGCCCUUAAUCUUUCUACUCAGAAUCACCUGAAGACAGUGCUCUGGAAUUUUUUUGUCAUUUAUCUGUUUACAGAAAUUUGAUAACAGUCCUGUUCCAAAGAGUUUGUAUGCUAGAACAAAAAUAGUCUAUCAACAUACAAUUUGGUAUAUACUUAAAUGGAAGAAUAAGCAGUAUUUGAAAAUCGUUCAGGUCAUUGUCUUAUUUCAGAAACAAGUAACUGGAAAGUCUUUUAACCAUUGAAGUCUCAUAUUCUGUUUUUCAUUUGUUACUUUCAGGUGACUCAGUUACAUACUUAGAAGAAAAAAUUAAAUGGCACCUUUUUUGAAAACACAAGAUUCUUUAAGAAAACAAUACAGGGGAAUAGUGCAGCGGGUUAAGCGCACAUUGCGCAAAGCGCAAGGACUGGUCUAAGGAUGCCGGUUCGAGCCCCCGGCUCCCCCACCUGCAGGGGAGUCGCUUCACAGGUGGUGAAGCAGGUCUGCGGGUGUCUGUCUUUCUCUCCCCCUCUCUGUCUUCCCCUCCUCUCUCCAUUUCUCUCUGUCCUAGCCAACAACGACAUCAAUAACAAUAACUACAACAAUUAAAAAAACAAUACAAAUGCGUUUACAGUGCUGCUCUUGAUAACAGUUAAUGUCUGCAUAUACAUGGAAACUCAUAUUUUUUUCCUCCUAAACAAUAUUUAAUAGUUAUUUUAAGUUUGUGUAAAUAUGUAUGUAUGAUUAUGAUGUGAAUUGUAAACUCUUAUUCUGCCUAAGCCUUUGGACCAAUAUGAUUAUGCACACCCACUAAAUUAGGAUCAGUCAAUUAAGUUCACUAAUGUAGUUUUGUAAUAAUAUUACAUCCAGUAUGUGUAAAAUAUGUGUAAAAUUUUGUCAUUUAUGUGUGAAAUUUUAUAUGUCCAGAAGUUUCUUCCCCCUCUUAAAUUAAAAACAAGUUUAUUUUUGUCAUGUUGUAAUUUUGUGUUGUAGGUUGUUGACAGUAUGCAAAUGUUAUUAAAUCUUGUGUACUCAGAUAUUGUCGGUAUUGAUAAGAAAUACAGGAUUGUCAUUUUUCUUUCUUUUCCAUGAUCUUAUGGAUUGUAUUUAUUUUAAGACCUGUUUAUAAUUAAAUGUUUUCUGCCAAAGGAGUUGUCUAACCAGAUUUCUACACUGGAUUUAUACUUAUUGCUCUAUAUAGAAAAUAAAAAUAACUUCCUGCUUUUUUACAUGAAAUUUUGGUACACUAGAAAAGAAUUCCUGAAAUUUUAUAGCAAAAUUAAUUUUCAUUCAUGUAUAAAAAUUUCCCCUGGUUAUUAAAAUAAAGUGGGACAUAAUCUUAUAAUUCAGAAAAUGUAUAGUCUGACAGUAUUGUGUUUAAUUUGGUACUAUUUAUAAAAUUACAUGAGCAUUAGAUAAGUGUGAUCAUCAGUUAGGAUUUGAAGUUGCUUUACAAAUCCAUUGUCAUCAUAUAAUUGACCACAGGACAAAUUUCACUAUAAAUUUUUGAAGAAGGUUAUAAAGUUUAUCUUCUAAAUUAAAGCAAGAUAAAUAUAUUUUUUAAUUAUGGCUUAAGGAUUUUUUAAAAGUCUAGGACUCCAAGACCCUGACUUCAUGGAGAGGAUUCAUUGAAUUGUCAUCAUAAGAAAGCUGAAGUUAUUUCUAUUUAUAAAGAAUAUAGCAUCAACCUAUCACUGCUUUAUGUCAGAAGACAUUUUUUUUCUUACAUCAGUUUUAGUUGACAAAUAAAAGGAGGCCUAACUCUAGGGAAUCUUCGUUGUUGUUGUUGUUAGUUGAAUCUGCUUUUGAAGAUUAACCAUUUCUUUAAAAGUCUCA